AUGGAUCAAAUGCUGGAGAGAUUAGCAGGGCAAACUUUCUACUGCUUUUUGGACGGUUAUUCUGGCUAUAAUCAAAUAGCUGUAGAUCCAAAAGAUCAAGAAAAGACCGCAUUCACGUGCCCCUUCGGUAUAUUCGCUUAUAGAAAGAUGCCUUUUGGGCUUUGCAAUGCCCCUGCCACCUUUCAAAGAUGCAUGCAAGCUAUAUUCUCCGAUCUUGUGGAGAAAUGUAUAGAAGUCUUCAUGGACGACUUCUCAGUGUUUGGAAGCUCAUUUGACUUAUGUCUGGCUAAUUUAGAAACGGUGUUGAAGAGAUGCAUCCAAACCAACCUCAUUCUUAACUGGGAGAAAUGUCACUUCAUGGUAACAGAAGGGAUUGUUUUGGGGCAUAAAAUUUCUUCCAAAGGAAUUGAAGUGGACAUAGCUAAAGUGGAAGUCAUUGAAAAGCUUCCACCACCAACUAAUGUGAAAGGAAUUCAAAGCUUUCUUGGGCAUGCUGGCUUUUAUAGAAGAUUCAUUCAAGAUUUCUCCAAGAUUGCUAAGCCCUUAAGCAAUCUCCUUGUAAAAGAUACACCAUUUGAACUGAAUGAGGAAUGUUUGAAGGCAUUUGAAGCAUUGAAAGCCAAGCUAAUUUCCGCUCCGGUGAUCAUAUCUCCUGAUUGGAACAAAGAUUUUGAAUUAAUGUGUGAUGCUAGUGACUAUGCUAUUGGUGCAGUGCUUGGACAGAGAAGAGAGAAAGUGUUCCACACAAUCUACUAUGCAAGCAAGGUCUUGAAUGGAGCUCAACUAAAGUAUGCAACCACGGAAAAGGAGUUUCUUGCCAUAGUGUAUGCAUUAGAGAAAUUCAGACCCUAUCUCAUAGGUUCAAAGGUGAUUAUUUACACUGAUCAUGCUGCUAUCAAGUAUUUGCUUACCAAGCCUGAUUCCAAACCAAGAUUGAUAAGAUGGGUUCUUAUGUUGCAAGAAUUUGAUUUGGAGAUCAGAGAUAAGAAAGGAAGCAAAAAUGUCAUUGCUGAUCAUCUCUCAAGACUUGUCAAUGAUGAAGUUACAACUAAAGAGAGAGAAAUCCGUGAAGAGUUUUAUGAUGAGAACUUGAUGAUGUUUGUUUGGGAUGACCCCUAUUUAUUCAAACUAGGAGCUGACAAUCUCUUGAGGCGGUGUGUUACUGAAGAAGAAUCAGCAGGAAUCUUGUGGCAUUGCCAUAAUUCACCCUAUGGAGGACACUUCAAUGGUGAAAGAACAGCUGCCAAAGUCCUCCAAUCUGGAUUUUACUGGCCUACUAUAUUCAAGGAUGCUUAUGCCCACGCCAAGCGUUGUGAUAAAUGUCAAAGAGUGGGCACUAUCUCAAGAAGGCAUGAAAUUCCACUACAAAGCAUCCUGGAAGUUGAGGUUUUUGAUUGCUGGGGUAUUGAUUUUGUCGGUCCCCUACCUUCAUCUUAUACUAAUGAGUAUAUUCUGGUUGCAGUAGACUAUGUUAGCAAAUGGGUGGAAGCAGUAGCAUGUCAGAAGAAUGAUGCAACCACUGUCAUUAAAUUCUUGAGGAAAAACAUAUUCUCAAGAUUUGGGGUGCCAAGAAUUCUUAUCAGCGACGGAGGAUCACAUUUCUGCAACUAUCAGCUUGAAAAGGUACUAAAAAACUAUGAGGUGAAACAUAAAGUUGCUUCCCCAUAUCAUCCUCAAACCAAUGGGCAAGCGGAAGUAUCAAACAGAGAAAUCAAGAGGAUUCUAGAGAAAACUGUUUCUUCUUCCAGGAAGGAUUGGUCAUUAAAACUGGAUGAUGCUCUGUGGGCCUACAGGACUGCAAUGAAAACACCUGUUGGGAUGACUCCCUUUCAACUAGUCUAUGGCAAAUCUUGUCAUUUACCGGUGGAGAUGGAGCACAAAGCUUAUUGGGCCCUGAAGUUCUUGAACUUUGAUUCUACCUUGUCUGCAGAAAAGAGGAAGUUACAAUUACAGGAGUUGGAGGAAAUGAGAUUGACAGCUUAUGAUAACUCCAAGAAUUACAAAGAGAAGGUUAAGUUGUAUCAUGACAAAAAGCUCUUAAUGAGAGAGUUUCAACCUGGCCAACAAGUUUUACUCUUCAAUUCCAGAUUCAAGAUUCUUCAAGGCAAAUUGAAAUCAAAGUGGUCUGGACCGUUCAUCAUAAAGGAGGUAAAGCCCCAUGGGGCUAUUGAGUUGGUUAACCCUGCAACAGAUGAUCCAAACAGAAGUUGGGUGGUAAAUGGACAAAGGCUGAAACAGUACCUAGGCGGUGAGAUUCAGCGUCUCACAACAAUCAUUCACCUCUCAGAUCCAUGA